ACCGGAUAUUUACCACCCGCUCAAGUUUGAAAGCAACGCAGUUGUACUUGUUUAGAACGAAACCUCAGAAAAAAAGCAGAAAUGGCCAUGAAAGAAAAGUUAACCAGGCAUCGUCCGAAAUGUAUCAACGAGACGUUUGAAGCAACCAGCGUCGACUCCACCACGGUUGAAGAAAAGCUGUCCCGAGUCGAAGAAGAAGAAGACGGACCCGUGGUCUUCUUCUGCGGGAAGUGCAAAUUACCUGUCGGGGAUUCGUUGUCCUGGGAUGGAGCUGAAGACGGACAGAACCARAUAAGGCUGAAGAGGGUGACCGACAACGUCCUGAUUGCAAAAGAAAAUCGUCUGCUUGAAGUGGACAAAAAGUCUCAAUGUCUGGUUGUGGAUCUGAUCUGUCAAGGUUGCCACUCCGUGCUCGGCAUGAUUUACAAGUCUACUCCGAGGAGCAUGGACAACAAGAGGUUCACUUUCUGUCUGAAUGUAGCCGACAUUGAAAGCUACGUGCUCGGCUCUGCAAACCAGACGUUGUCAGCAGAGGUCCCCAAAGAGCAGCCCGUCACACUGGAGUACAGAGGCAUGGUUGAACAACAGCUCGCUGAGAUGAAAAUGCUCGUCAUGUCCAUGGCGCUGCGGCUGGAGGAGAUCGAAACCGGCCUUCAGGAGGAAAGCAACAAYGACGGUGGACAUUAAACUCGGCAAAGAAAAGGUGCUGCUGUGUGGAUUUUAAAUCUGGACUCCUUGCCCUUACCUUACUUUACUUCUUUCCUAAAGUGUCACAACAUUUUUCAAAACUGAACAUUUUGUCCCAGUUUCACCUUCUACACACACACACACACACACACACACACACACACACUCCUUCAGUUC